CCUCCGCGCGCCGCGGCCUCCCCUCUGUCGUCUCCGGCCCCCGCCCCGACGGGGGGCGCCAAAUUCGAAGGCGGGCGCGAGCGCGGCCGUUAUUUCCGUUAUUCCCCUCAGUCGCCGCCAUGGCCACCCCUCCCAAGCGCGGGCGGCUGGAGGGCCGCAUCAAGAAGAUCGCCGUGGAGGGGAACAUCGCUGCAGGGAAGUCGACGUUUGUGAAUAUUCUCAAACAAGCUGCUGAGGACUGGGAGGUUGUUCCUGAGCCUGUAGCUAGAUGGUGCAACGUCCAGCAGAACUCUGAAGAGGAGAGCGAGGAGCUGACCACGUCGCAGAAGAGCGGUGGGAACGUGCUUCGCAUGAUGUAUGAGAAACCAGAGAGGUGGUCCUUCACCUUCCAGACCUACGCGUGUCUCAGCAGGAUCCGGGCUCAGCUCAGAUCCCUUGAAGGCAAACUCAAAGAUGUGGAGAAUCCUGUGGUCUUCUUCGAGCGGUCUGUCUACAGCGACAGAUAUAUCUUUGCAGCUAAUUUAUACGAGUCUGAUUGCAUGAAUGAAACGGAAUGGACUAUUUACCAGGACUGGCACGACUGGAUGAAUAAGCAGUUUGGGCAAAGCCUGGAGCUGGAUGGGAUCAUUUAUCUCCGAGCCACUCCUGAGAAAUGCUUAAAUAGGAUUUACUUGCGUGGGAGAGAUGAAGAGCAAGAAAUUCCCAUUGAAUAUCUGGAGAAACUUCAUUACAAACACGAAAGUUGGCUUCAGCACCGGACGCUGCGAACGGAUUUUGAAUAUCUACAGGAAAUACCCAUUUUAACAUUAGACGUUAAUGAAGACUUUAAAGGCAAAAAGGACAGAUAUGAACACAUGACUGAAAAGGUCAAAGAAUUUUUGAGCACGUUAUAAUCCUCUUUGAAGCGCAGGCUGAGUCAAACUGUUCCAAACGUCUGCGCCGUCAAAGUCUGAAGUACAGCUUCUGCUUUUAGAGGAGGCCUCUGGAGAGGCAGGACUCAAUCCUGUUGCUUUAAUUGUGAGGAACAAACAAACUUUGUGAAUAGGGAAAUGACUAAAUAAAUCAGUAGGUCUGUUUGUUAUUAAGUAACACACACAAAUUCUGAAGAUACUAGAAUUCAGAGAGUUCCUAAACGUUGCGCCUGUUUCUAAUCAGACCAAUAAGUUCUUCUGGAGUAUCUUUAUUGUAUUUUUUUAAAUUUAUUUUGUGCCCAGUAGCUAUUUAAUUUUCAAGAAGGUGGUGGAUUUUUUUUUAGUGGAAUUGGUUUGUAAUGGAUGUCGCGUUGUUCUGAGGAAGAAAAAAGUAAAACCCACUUUUGCUGGCGAGGAAAUUUUAAUAUAACCCGGAGUUUUAUAUUCGAAGGUAUUGAAAAAUAUUGCCUGACAAUUUUUGUAGCUGAAGUUCUUCACAGAAUGCACUGAAUUAAAACAAAUUGAGAUAUGGCUGAAAUUUUGUAGGUAUCAAAUGAGUUUCUAUAUCUGUUUUCACUGUGCACUGCAUGCUAGGGUAUCAAGAGGCUUUCUAUUCUCUAGCAUGUUUGUUGGGGGGGGAUUUCCCCCCUUUUUUUUUUUAUUGAGCUCUUAAUAAAACAGACCUGGUUUUGCUUGUUGGGAAGUCCUCUUUUCCUGUGGAGGAGUGCGUUUGCUUGAUGGGGACUGUGAAAGGAAGAAGAAAGUUUUCCAAAUGGCCUCUGUCUGUAAAUGAGGUGUUUCUAACCCUUUCCUUGAUCAGGUUUGGGAUGUCAGAGGCGGUUUCCUGCUUUCCUUCCCUUUGCUCACUGAGCCUGCUGGGUGCUUGGACAAGACACUGUGAUAUCUGAAGCAGGGCUGUCCUUUCUCAUCUUCAAAGGGAGACCUUUGUGGAGAAGCUGCUGUUUUGGUGCUUCUUGUUUUAUUAACUGAGCCCCUUCUGUUUCAGGUGCAGGAAAUGCCACCUCCACAGGGUACACAUCUCAGGUGCUGUGUUUUACCAGCUGCUUUGUUCUGCUUUUAACAUUUCUGAGUGAUUGCACGGGUCAGCUUCUGAAUGCAAAACUUUUAUUGUAAAGCAUUUUAUUGUCCACUGUGAUGCCUGUUAAUUUGAGGUGAAAUGUCUUCUUUUGUGGCUGAAGUUGUGCUGGUGUUCUUUCACCUUUGGCUGAAAAAUAAAAGUGGCUGGAAAAGCCUUUUUCAAUG